AUGAAGGAGACCCGGGGCGACGGGAGCGCCCCUUUCUGUACCCGCCUCAACCACUCUUACCCGGGCAUGUGGUCGCCCGAGCUCUCCGCCGCGGCGCGGGGCAACCUCACGGGUUCCCGGGACCCCCGCGAGGACUGCGGCUCGGUGUCGGUAGCCUUCCCGAUCACCAUGUUGAUCACCGGCUUCGUGGGCAACGCGCUGGCCAUGCUGCUCGUGUCGCGGAGCUACCGGCGGCGGGAGAGCAAGCGCAAGAAGUCGUUCCUGCUGUGCAUCGGCUGGCUGGCGCUCACAGACCUGGUCGGGCAACUGCUCACCAGCCCGGUGGUCAUCGUCGUGUACCUGUCCAAGCAGCGCUGGGAGCAUCUCGACCCGUCGGGGAGGCUCUGCACCUUCUUCGGUCUGACCAUGACCGUCUUUGGGCUCUCCUCGCUCUUCAUCGCCAGCGCCAUGGCCGUCGAGCGGGCGCUGGCCAUCCGGGCGCCGCACUGGUACGCGAGCCACAUGAAGACGCGCGCCACCCGCGCGGUGCUGCUCGGCGUGUGGCUGGCGGUGCUCGCCUUCGCCCUGCUGCCGGUGCUGGGCGUAGGCCAGUACACCAUCCAGUGGCCCGGGACGUGGUGCUUCAUUAGCACCGGGGAAGGAGGCAACGGGACUAGCGCUUCGCACAACUGGGGCAACCUCUUCUUCGCCUCCACCUUUGCCUUCCUGGGGCUCUCGGCGCUGGCCGUCACCUUCGCCUGUAACCUGGCCACCAUUAAGGCCCUGGUGUCCCGCUGCCGGGCCAAGGCCACGGCGUCGCAGUCCGGCGCCCAGUGGGGCCGGAUCACCACCGAGACGGCCAUCCAGCUCAUGGGGAUCAUGUGCGUGCUGUCGGUCUGCUGGUCGCCGUUGCUGAUAAUGAUGUUGAAAAUGAUCUUCAAUCAGACAUCGGUUGAGCACUGCAAGACUCACACUGAAAAGCUGAAAGAAUGCAACUUCUUCUUAAUAGCUGUGCGUCUGGCCUCACUGAACCAGAUCUUGGAUCCCUGGGUUUAUCUGCUGCUAAGAAAGAUCCUUCUUCGAAAGUUUUGUCAGAUCAGGCACCACACAAACAACUAUGCAUCCAGUUCCACCUCCUUACCCCACCAGUGCUCCUCAACCUUGAUGUGGAGUGACCAGUUGGAAAGAUGAAAAAUGGAGCUGAAUUUUUAUUGAAAUUCCUGCUCGACUGAGUUUGUGUAUAUCUUCCCACCUGAGAAGGAGAAUUUAUGUUUGAUUUGGAUUGUUUCUUCAUUUUCAUCUUUGAAAAAAAUUUAGUAUUUCUUCUUUUCAGUAAUACCCACUGAAACCAGGUUUAUUAUCAUGCUUUGUGUCUCUGAGUAUCAAAUUGGCUUCUGGGACUGGGUUUUGAGUAUAUAUUUAAGAAGUUGGACAUGAUUUCACAGAUAACGAUUGGCCAAAAGUGUGAAAAAGAAAAACCCAUUUUCCGAGAGUUUUCCUCCAACUUCAAACCGUUGCCUGAAUCUCAACCAGUGUGGACAUCUUUACAUUUUAUGGUAGUCUUGAUUUUAUAAUGAGUUUGAAAAAAAUAAAUAUAAGCUUUCAACAAUGAAAAGUCAACAUUUUGAGAGCAAGAAUUCAAUGAAUAGGACAUAAACUUAAAUGAGAUAGAGAAGGGUGCCCAGAUGGAGACAGGAGGGUGCCAUGAUAAAUGGUAUUUAUGCUAAACAUGUGAUGAAUGUAUUGGAGAUACUGUGUCCCUCUGGGCUAAGUUUGGAACUAAACAUCUGUAGGUCUGUGUUCUGGUUAUGUGUCACAGUGUACUGGCAAUCAACGUAAGGGUUAUGUGUCUUUGAAGACUGAAAAGAGUGGAUGCAGCUAAGGACUUUCCUGAAAUGUCACAGGAAACAAUACUGAGGCUACAUGAUUAGCUGUUGUGUUAGAGCAGUAAAAAAAAAUCCAGGCACAGCCCUCUGAUUUACCACUAUCUGUUCAGGAUUUCUAAAAAUUUCUUCCCAGGUGUCACACAAAAAGGCAAAACUAAUAAGUGACAUAGUUAUUCAAUAGCAAAUUUUGUUACAUUUUAUACAAAGGAAACUAUGUCAUCUGAAUUGAAAUGAGAAAUUCUAUGAACUUUUAACAAAUACUUCUGAGCAUUGGAUGUCUUUCAGCUAAUGUCCUUAGCUGUUUGUAAAUUCAACCAAUCUUUCUUUCUCUUGCCUUUCUUCCCACUUCCGCACCUCCCUCCUUCCUUUUCCUCUUAUCAUUCACUUAAUGCAACACGUAUUUAUUGAGUGUCCUUCUUUAGGCACUGUGCUAAGGGCCAUGCUUUGACCUACAUCUUAGGAAGACAUGAUAAUAUGGUACCAGUAGUUUUGCCAUACAAGCCUGUACUGUGAUUCCACUGUCAUCUCUGUCAACUAGAUUAAACCAAAAA